UUGAUUAGGGUUUUGCGGCCGUUUGCUCUUCGAGCCCAGUGCUUGUGUCGACCCCGAACCCGCCCCCCUUCUCCGCCUCCUCCUUGUCGCCCGCUUUCCGAUAUGUCGGCUGUUGUGGCCACUUCGGAGGAGGAUCCAGCGCUCGCCGUGAUCCGGUUUACUGCCGAGCUCUCCUGGGCCGAUGCGGGGCCGGAGGUUGCCGAAACUCAGGUGAGUGAAUUAUGUAUGGAAGCAGAAGAAUUCAUGUUUAGAAGUAGGUGGCUGGAUUUGGUUUCUUUAAUCCUAACUUCGGCCGACUUGAUAACAUCUCGAGUGUCAGAGAAAGAUCUUGAGUGUAUCUUUACUGUUACUUGCAACCUUGUCACAAGAGCAAAUACUCCUGAUGAAGCAUUGGAGAUGGCGAAAUUAAUAUCCUCAAAAGUUGUACAACAACCAACUGAUAGACCUGCUUUGCGACUUAAGAUUCUAUUCAACCUCUACAACCUUCUAGAGAACCCAUAUAGCAGGUUCUUUGUUUAUAAAAAGGCGCUUGAUUUGGUAGCCAGUGGGAAAGUUGCUGAAAGCAUCAUUCCUUCAUUUAAGAAUAUUGACAGCUUCUUACAAGAAUGGAAUAUUGGAAAAAUAGAUCAGAGGGAACUCUUUCGUAGCAUCUCAAACAUUUUGAAGGAUAACAAGAGCAUGGCAAAAGAUUCUUUUGCCUUUUUGACAAGGUAUUUAGCCACUUUUUCUGGUGCGGGUGAGGAUGCUUACACAAUGAAUGAAGCCAAAGAAGAAGCUGUUCAAGCCAUCAUAGAAUUUGUCAAGUCUCCUGAUAUAUUUCAGUGUGAUUUGUUUGAUAUGCCUGCUGUUGCACAACUAGAAAAAGAUGGGAAGUAUGCAUUGGUCUACCAGCUCUUGAAGAUCUUUGUCACCCAAAGGCUCGAUGCCUACUUUGAUUUCCAUGCUGCGAAUUCAACUUUGUUGAAAAGCUAUGGGCUAGUUCAUGAAGACUGCAUAACUAAAAUGAGGUUAAUGUCGUUGCUGGAUCUCAGUUCCCAUGAGUCUGGGGAAAUCCCAUAUUCUCUUAUCAGGGACACACUUCGGAUCACUGAUGACGAGGUAGAAUACUGGGUUGUCAAAGCAAUCACAUCGAAACAAUUAGACUGCAAGAUGGAUCAAUUGAACCAAGUUGUGAUUGUCAGCCGACAUACAGAGAGAGUAUUUGGGCUGUCACAAUGGGAAAAUCUCCGUUUGAAGCUUGGUGCUUGGAGGCGUAAUAUUGCCAAUGGGAUUAGCACAAUUCAAGCUAACAAGAUAUCUGAAGGACUACAAGGAAUGCAAGGAUUAGCUAUUCGCUGAAUUUUGUGAAGUCUACAUAGACGGUAUCCUAGCACUGGAGAAAAUUUAGUUUCGGUAGAGUGAGUACAUGCUCUCUUCCAAAGUUUAUUCCUUCCAAAUGUUUCUCAAGCAGUUUGUGUACUCGUCGGGAAUCGUAUUUGUUGAGAAUCUGUGAUCUUUAAAAUUGAACAUGCGAUUUUGGUUGUCAUUUUGCUGCAAUCGUAUACAUGCCUCAUUUAACAUUUCGUUGUGACGGUUGUGGAUAAAUUUCCCAGUUGAUCAAUCUUUAUUGA